CCUGGGAAUCCAAAGCCCAGGGUCCAGGUGGACCACCCCUCAGGGUCUGUCGUCCACAUAAAUACCGUGUGCGCUGCUGGACUCCUCCCCUUUCUGAGACAGGCAGGAGAAGGCCAUCGCCAUCACCGCGCAACAGAAAGAGACCCAAUGGAUCUGACACCCUCCCUCUACUCGCCGAACGGCACCUUCAUCCCCUCCUCUCCACCGCCCCAGAACAACAGCUCCACAAACGACAAGCCCUUCAGCGUGUUCGACGGCUGCGAAGAGAUGAUCGAGGGCGUGCUCUUUGACCUGGCAGUGCAGGUCUUCAACGUCUUCCUGGGCCUCCCCGCCAACUUCAUGGUGCUGGUGAUCCUGGUGCGGAACCGCCGAGAGGCCUCGACCUCCGACAUCUUCAUCUUCCUGCUGGCCAUCAUGGACGCCUACUUCGGUAUCAUGGUGCCCUUCAGCUUCCUCAACCUCUACCUGUGGAAGAGCAAAGAGGGCUGGCGGGCCAUCAAGUUCAUGUACGGGGUGAAGGACACCAGCGGGCCCCUCUUCCUGUCCUGCAUCUGCCUGGACCGCUUCUUGGCCGUCCUCUUCCCCAUCACCUUCAGCCGCCUCAAGGCCCACAAGUACCGGGUGGGCUGCUCCGUGGUGGUGCUCCUGCUCACCUUCAGCUACGCCGCCGCCAAGGCCGUGGGCGGCCUGCCCAACUUCGAGAAGGUGUUCACCAGCGAGAUCCUGGCGGCCUUCAUGCUGAUGGUGCUGUGCAACGGCUCCAUCCUGUGGGCGCUCAAGCGCUCGCGGGCUGGCAAGGACGAGAUGCACCCCAUGAAGAAGAAGGCCUUCAAGAUGGUGCUGUCCAUCCUGUGCAUCAUCAUCUUUAACUACCUGCCCCCGGUGGCCCUGUUCCCCUUCCAGGACCACUACACGCCCGACGUCUUCCGCUGCUACGUCCAGCCCGCGGGGUUCUCCUUCGUCAACAUCAGCUGCAGCAUGCAGCCCCUCAUCUACCUGUCACGCGUGGAGAACCUGCCCUGCCUCCAGUGUCUCCGCUUCCGAAAGCAGGCCGCCGCCGCCGCCCCUGCACCUGCGCCUACUGCGUCGACCACGUCGACCGCCGACGCACCCGCCGAGGCCACGCCCGCCAACCCCUCUCCUGCGUAG